UUAACAAUCAGCCGUACAUAAAUUUUGAUUUAAAAAGCGAUUAGUUAAAUACUGCAAACUGUAGUUAGUUUAGGAUUUUAAAGAAAAAGGACUGCGAAUCUAGACCACAGGUAUACGGACAGGGGCUCAUAGUCGUCUGAUGAUGACGACAUUGGAUGACACUGCUGACAUCACUUCAAAUGAUGAUGAUGACCAAUCAAAUUUGUUUAACGAAUAUUUCACCGCGGCUGAGCACGCGACAGAGCGCGUGGCGUCUCUUGUUAACGGAGAUUUUGAAAGUUCCCAAUUGUUUGUACAGAUGGAUGUAUUGCGGGAGUACAAGGGUGAUCUGGUUUGGCAGGAAAUGGCGAGGUGGAUACGUUACGAGGAAGCGGUGGAAGAAGGAGGACAGAGGUGGUCGAAGCCUCAUGUCGCCUCACUUAUGAUGGAAGCUUUACAAGACCUACAGAAUAUUCUCUCAACUUGUCCAGUUAUUCUAGAUAGUAAGGCAAGAACCAUGGCUGAUGUCGCAGAUGACAUUAUAAAUGCCUGGCUACUAGAGCGACCAAUACUCGAGUAUAUGAAGGAUAAACUGUCGUCAAUUUUGAUGAAACUUCACAAGUUUCAAUACGUCACUAAAUCACGUGACAUGAAAUCAAACAACUUAUCAUCAGUGAGUUUAUCUCGGAAACUGCAAGAAGAGCGCCACGUGAACGGGGCGUAUAAGGGGGAUUGUGACUCGUUGUCAAAGAGUAGCAGUCAGGAGUUUCAGUCAUUGUCGUUAGGAGAGAUGAACAAGAACUUUAUGAGACACAUACCGGCCGGGGCUCAGGCUGUAAACAUCUUAGUUGGGGAAGUUAGUGAUCUCGACAAGGUCACAGCUGCUUUUGUAAGACUUCAGGAUGCCUGUAACCUUGGAAACAUCACGGAAGUCAAUUUGGACUCGAAAUUCAUGUUUGUUAUGCUCUGUCCGAGACAAUAUUUGGGACACUGUAUAGAGAUGUGUAGAUGUAUGGGCGCCUUGUUUUCAGACGAGAUAUUUCGAUGUGUUGGAUACCGGUGUGAAGAUAGAUUUGAUCUUUUGUGUGGAAUACAAGAGUUCUCUGUACAUCUAACAGUGUUACCACCAGGUGUGUGGGAUUCUUCUACAAGAAUAGAACCACCGGAUCAACUUCCACCACAGGACUACAGAAAAAAUCCGGGACAGAUAUCUGCCAGUAAACUUUCUAUACAAGAUAAAGACAAAGUAACUAGAGAUGAUCACCAGGAAAAUAAUCCCGAUGAUUUAACCCUACUACGGACUGGCAGGUUGUUUGGAGGUUUAAUACAGGAUAUAAAAAGAAAAGUGCCACAUUAUCUCAGCGACUUUAAAGACGCACUUCACAUACAGUGCGUAGCAUCAUUCUUCUUUCUCUUCCUUGUGACCUUGACACCAAAUGUGACCUUUGGAGGUCUACUAGGACAUGCUACGGAUAAUCACAUGGGGACAAUGGAGUGUAUUUUAGCGGCGGCUAUAUCCGGGGUUGUAUUUGCUCUUUGUGCUGGACAACCAUUGAAUAUACUCGGCAGUACUGGACCCAUGCUCGUCCUGGAAGGAAUUUUAUACACGCUUUGCAAGGAUCUGGAGUGGGAUUUUCUGCCAUUUCGUGUCUGGGUAGGAUUUUGGACCGGUUUAUUUAUUUUAAUUAUAGUUGCUCUUGACCUAAGUGCAUUGGUUCGUUACAUCACCAGGUUUACAGAGGAAAGUUUUGCGUGUCUGAUUGCUCUAAUCUUUAUCUACGAAGCUUUCAAGAAGACUUAUGAAAUAGAGAGUGAGGCACCGGUACAAUUCAGUCCUCGUUCUAACGACGUAGACUGCCUAUGUAUAAUUUAUAACUCUAGUAAUAGCAAUCAGUUAGCUGAAUCUCUCAAACAUGCUCGCACGGGUCUAACAUCAAUGAAUGUUUCCACAUCAUUGAAUUCAAGCACGGGUUUAGAAUCAGCUGCAGAGACACAAUGUUCAAAGUUAAGCGGGACUAUAACCGGUGAAACUUGUCAGGACAAUUACGUACCCGAUGUGUUCUUCUUCUCGGUGAUUCUGUUUCUGGGAACAUAUUUCUUGGCAACAAUUCUCGUCAAUUUCAGACACAGUCUGUUUUUCCCAACAUUUGUACGACAAAAUGUUAGUGACUUUGCUGUUCUAAUUUCCAUUGUUGCCAUGGUUACAUUAGAUGCUGUAUGCGAUCUUCCUACACCAAAACUUCAUGUACCUGAAGAAUUCAAGCCAACCAAACCUGGGCGACCUUGGUUCAUUAAUCCAAUAAGUGACAAGAAUCCCUGGUGGUUAAUACCACUGAGUUCACUUCCGGCUCUAUUGGCAACUAUACUGAUAUUUAUGGAUCAACAGAUCACGGCUGUUAUUGUGAACAGGAGCGAAAACAAGUUGAAGAAAGGUUGCGGAUAUCAUCUCGACAUGCUAGUUGUUGGUAUUCUAGUGGUGAUACUAGCCUUGUUAGGAUUACCAUGGUAUGUUGCAGCUACUGUUACUGCCCUCGCUCACGUGAUGAGUUUGAAGAAAGUUUCAGAAUGCACGGCUCCCGGUGAAAAACCAACUUUCCUUGGUGUAAGAGAGCAGCGAGUGACGUCAUUGCUGGUCGCUAUAUUUAGUGGGCUGGCAGUUUUAUUUACUUCUGUUCUUAAACACGUGCCGAUGCCUGUUCUAUAUGGAGUAUUUUUAUACAUGGGAGUAGCACCUUUGGCAAAUAUGCAGUUGAUUCAGCGAGUUCUUAUAAUAUUUAUGCCAACCAAAUAUCAGCCAGACUACCCCUACAUCCGAAACGUGCCUAUAAAGCGUGUGCAUCUGUUUACAUUGAUUGAAGUGAUUUGUUUAGCGGUACUUUGGGUUGUCAAAAGUGUCAAGGUCAUAUCCAUUGGUUUUCCUUUAAUGGUAUUGAUAAUAUGUUUCAUACGGAAAGCAUUGGAUAAAGUCUUCACCCAAAGAGAAUUAAACUGGCUAGACGACAUUCUUCCAUCAGCAAAAGGUUCACAAAUAGUACUGUUUGAUAUCAAAGUUGACGAGGAGGAAAAAGAGACAGAAGAAACACAGAAGGAUUUGAUAACUUCCAACAAUGUACACACUAUGAUUGGUAUAAGUAAUGAUAGUAAAGAUCGGGACAGACGAGCAAGCUCUACGUUCAUAUGUAAGACUGAUAUUGACAAACUAAAGGCCACUGCACCACUUGCUGUAGCAAACAGGCGGCAAUCUCUGGCAAUGGCGGCUAAACGUAGACAAUCAACUGGAGUUAUUGACCACAUGGAAACUUUUCGAAAGUUUUCUACUCCUCUGAUGUAUACUCGCAGGCUAUCUACAGAUUUAUCUCACUUUCAUAAUGGCGGUUUAGGGUUAGAAAGACAGCAGAGAACUAACCGCUUAAUGUCUCUACCGUCUACAAUGGUGGAUGUCACAGAAACUGACCAGGAAUAUCUUUACACAGACCCUGACACUGAAUGUCCGCCAACAAUAACUAAAUUUUAACAGAUAUCGGAACAUCAAUUUCAAAAAAUAUCUCAACAAUCUAGGUGCUAUAUAUCUAUGCAAAACUGUUCUUUAGAAAGGUCAGUUAAAAGAAUGAUACCAUCUUUUUAAAGGUCACUAUAAGCAGUGUAUUUGACAUACUUUGCAGUCAUACAGGCUAAAAUUCUACUACCCUCAGGUUAAAUAGAAUCUUUACUCUGACAACAAUCCCUGCAUACUUAAUUAAGACUUUAUUUUUUCCGUUAAUUACAUGACAAUACUUCUGCUUACCUAGAAUUUAAUAUGUCCAUUAUUUAGAUUAGAAUAUUUGUGUCAUGUUUAAUACAAUAUUCUCGUUAUUUUGUCGUCUAUAUACUUCCAUAUUUCCAUAUUUUAGUUAUUUUAUUGUAUUAAUAUAAGUGAAAAGUAUUUUGUACUUAGUUGAAUUUGAAGAAUUCAUUAUUUCUAUAUGGAAGGGAUUAACUAAAGAUGUGAAUAGAAG